AUGUCUCUCAAGAACGACAAGUUCCCCGCCUCGGCCGCCUUCGACGCCAUCCAAACGGCCAUCAACGCCAGCGAUGCCGAUCGCAAGGACGCCAUCAAGCAAGGCAACGGCGUCUACGCCUUCACACUUAAGAACGCGAGCGGCGAUGAGGCCAGCUGGCACAUCGACCUCAAGGAGACUGGCCAGGUCGCGACCGGCACCGGCGCAAAGCCCGAUGUCACACUCAUCCUCUCCGAGGAGAACUUUGGCAAGCUCGUCGCUGGCAAGGCCAACGCUCAGCGUCUCUUCAUGGGCGGCAAGCUCAAGAUCAAGGGCAACGUCAUGAAGGCGACCAAGCUCGACCCCGUGUUGAAGAAGGCCCAGGACAAGGCCAAGCUGUAG